CACCAGCCGCUCGCCAGGCCUCCACAACCACACACCCUCACACUGAGACAGGUUAAACACAAAACCCCACAGUGACGAGACAGAAGGACGGAGACUUGGCGUGUUUGGGGUGCAGGAAAGCACAAGACUUUCAGAUCAAACAUGACAGAACAGCAAGGAAGCCCAGACCAGCUGCCUGCAGAGAAGGGCCAAGGGGGAGCUGGAGCCACAUAUAAGUUGGCCGUAUUUGAGUUUGAGAACUUUCGUGGAAAAAAGGUGGAGCUGUCCGGUGAAUGCAAAGAUGCGCUGGAGAAGAUACAAAGAGUUGGCUCCGUAAUUGUGGAGUCAGGACCAUGGGUGGGAUUUGAGCGUCCAGGAUUUGCCGGAGAGCAGUUUGUGCUCGAGAAAGGAGAGUAUCCUCGCUGGAGCACAUGGACCAACUGCCAGAGUUGCUACAUCUUGACCUCCUUCAGGCCUCUGAAAGUGGACAGUGCAGAUCACAAGUUGCACCUGUUUGAGAAUGCAGGCUUUGAAGGGAGGAAYAUGGAGAUUGUGGACGAUGAUGUUCCCAGUCUGUGGGCUCAUGGUUUCCAGGACCGUGUGGCCAGUGCUAAGGCUAUCUCUGGAACGUGGGUGGGAUACAUGUAUCCAGGCUACAGAGGCCGCCAGUACSUUUUUGAACAUGGAGACUUCAAGCACUGGAACGCUUGGGGAGCCACUGCACCUCAGAUCCAGUCCGUCCGACGUGUGCGGGACAUGCAGUGGCACAAAAGAGGGUGCUUUAUUGCCCCUUCACCUGUUCCAGCCCCUGGCCCUGCCCCAACACCACCCAAACCCAACCCCAACCCCACCCCCAACCCUAACCCAAAUCCAAAACCCACUCCAAAAUCCCAACCUCAACCCCAGCCCUAACAGCACAUCUCUAAUGAAACCCACAGCAACUGGAGAAAGCUGAAUGCAGCCGGUCAGUUUAUUUGGCUCCUGAUCAAGUAAAGUUUUCUGACCAUGCAGUUUUGGAAAACUGGAAACUGACCAUCAUGAAACAUGUAUCUCUGUUGGAAAUAAAGGUUUUGGCACUGA